GCGGCACUCGGGCAAGAUGGCUGCUGAGAAACAGGUACCUGGUGGCGGCGGCGGCGGCGGCGGGGGCGGCGGCGGUAGCGGCGGUGGACGCGGUGCCGGAGGAGAAGAAAAUAAGGAGAACGAGCGACCUUCGGCCGGAUCGAAGGCAAACAAAGAGUUCGGGGACAGCCUGAGCCUGGAGAUUCUUCAGAUCAUUAAGGAAUCCCAGCAGCAGCAUGGCUUGCGGCAUGGAGAUUUUCAGAGGUACAGGGGCUACUGUUCCCGUAGACAAAGGCGUCUCCGGAAAACACUCAACUUCAAGAUGGGGAACAGGCACAAAUUCACAGGGAAAAAAGUGACGGAAGAUCUUCUGACUGAUAACAGGUAUUUGCUGCUGGUUCUGAUGGAUGCCGAAAGAGCCUGGAGCUAUGCCAUGCAGCUCAAACAGGAAGCCAACACUGAACCCCGAAAACGGUUCCACUUGUUGUCUCGCCUACGCAAAGCCGUGAAACAUGCAGAGGAAUUGGAGCGCUUGUGUGAGAGCAAUCGCGUGGAUGCCAAGACCAAGUUAGAGGCUCAGGCCUACACGGCGUACCUCGCAGGAAUGCUGCGGUUUGAGCAUCAGGAGUGGAAAGCUGCCAUUGAGGCUUUUAACAAAUGCAAGACUAUCUACGAGAAGCUCGCCAGUGCUUUCACAGAAGAGCAGGCCGUGCUGUACAACCAGCGCGUGGAGGAGAUCUCGCCCAACAUCCGCUACUGUGCAUAUAACAUCGGGGACCAGUCAGCUAUCAAUGAACUCAUGCAGAUGAGACUGAGGUCCGGGGGCACCGAGGGUCUCCUGGCUGAGAAAUUGGAGGCAUUGAUCACUCAGACCCGAGCCAAACAGGCAGCCACCAUGAGCGAAGUGGAGUGGAGAGGGAGGACGGUCCCCGUCAAGAUCGACAAAGUGAGGAUCUUUUUACUGGGACUGGCUGACAACGAGGCGGCCAUUGCUCAGGCUGAGAGUGAAGAAACCAAGGAGCGUCUGUUUGAAUCCAUGCUCAGCGAGUGUCGGGACGCCAUCCAGGCCGUUCGGGAGGAGCUGAAGCCGGACCAGAAACAGAGAGAGUUCAGCCUGGACGCGGAGGCGGGGAAGGUCUCCAACCUCCAGUACCUGCACAGCUACCUGACUUACAUCAAGCUGUCGACGGCAAUCAAGCGCAACGAGAACAUGGCGAAAGGUCUGCAGAGGGCCCUGCUGCAGCCGCAGCCGGAGGAUGACAGCAAGCGCUCGGCCCGGCCCCAGGACCUGAUCCGGCUCUACGACAUCAUUCUGCAGAAUCUGGUGGAGCUGCUCCAGCUCCCUGGCUUAGAGGACGACAGAGCCUUCCAGAAAGAGAUAGGCCUCCGGACCCUGGUGUACAAGGCCUACAGGUGCUUUUUCAUCGCUCAGUCCUACGUGCUGGUGAAGAAGUGGAGCGAAGCCCUCGUCCUGUAUGACCGAGUCCUGAAAUACGCAGAUGAAGUGAGUUCCGAUGCCGGGGCCUUCAGGAGCAGCCUGAAGGACCUGCCCGACGUGCAAGAGCUCAUCACGCAGGUGAGGUCGGAGAAGUGCUCUCUGCAGGCGGCGGCCAUCCUGGAUGCAAGCGACUCCCAGCAAACGGAGACCGCCUCCCAAGUCAAGGACAGUAAGCCCCUGGUGGAGCGGUUUGAGACAUUCUGCCUGGACCCUUCCCUCGUCACCAAGCAAGCCAACCUCGUGCACUUCCCGCCCGGCUUCCAGCCCAUCCCGUGCAAGCCCCUGUUCUUCGACCUGGCCCUCAACCACGUGGCCUUCCCGCCCCUCGAGGACAAGUUGGAGCAGAAGACCAAGAGCGGCCUCACUGGCUACAUCAAGGGCAUCUUUGGGUUCCGGAGCUGACCAGGCUCCGGGGCGGGAGAUGGGGCAGCCUGGCUGGUGGAAGCCCCAGCCAGUUCCGUGGUGGUGGAUGCAGGCCCAUUGGCCCGGGCGGGAGUGCAGCCCCCCAGCCCCGCGUCCCUGUGUGUUGUCUGUGCACUUACAUCCUUAGCCACGUGCGGGAGGGGCAGGCACCCUGUGGCCUCUGGUGCGUGCGCGCGGGGUCCCUCUGCCCGGCUCCCAGGGGCCGCUGCCACCUGGUCCCGUGUGCGCGGGGAUGAUUUCCUUCGGUCGGCGUUGUGUUCGGGGAGGCGUCCUGUCCCGCCCUCAGUGCCGUGGCUGAGAAACGACCUCCUCCUCGCUGCGAGUACCCAGAAUCCCUUGAGAAGCUUGUCCGUGACGGACGCAUUGGCAACGCCUCCCCGGAAUUAGUGGGCCUCAUCCCCUCACCUCCAGGUGGAAGUUAAGUUUCAGAACAAGCAAAGAGCUCUAUUUUUAGAAGAAAUGUGUUACACUCAGAAAUGAUGAAAGCAAAUCUUAUAUUAAAAGGCAAAGAUGUUGGAGA